AUGCACACCGAACUCGACGAACUUCUCAAACAACUCAACCUCCACCCUCACGGCGCUGAGUCAGAAGAACAGCUCGAACCUCCCUAUCAAGGACCGGACCUCGCAGUGCGUCUCAUCUGCCCGGACUGCAGAAAUCCUCGUCCCGAUCUCGUGGAAGAGUUCAGCAGUGGCGAUAUUGUGUGCGGCUCGUGCGGAUUAGUCUUGGCCGAUCGCGUCGUUGAUACGCGCAGCGAAUGGCGGACAUUCUCUAACGACGGCGACGAGGAUGUAUAUGAUCCAUGCCGUGUCGGUGCACCCGUAGAUGCAUCACUUAGUUCUGCCACCGACCUGCAGACCUUCAUCUCUCACAAAGACGGAAAUUCGGCAGUUACACGAGAGCUCGAAAGAGCCGCCGCCCGUGCACGCGACUCUUCACCCAACCGCCACAUUCUAUCCGCUUUCGACCAAAUCUCCUCGACAUGCGAACGAGGAUCCUUGGCCGUGAGCAUCUCAGAUGCGGCUAAGCAAGUAUACAAACGGUGUCACGAUGAGAAGGUCUUUGUUGGGGCAUGUACUGAAGGCGCUGUAGCCGCGUGCAUCUACGUGGCGUGUCGACAAAAAAAGGCUGCAAGAACUUUUGGAGAGAUCGUUAGUCUUACGGGCGUGGAUAAGCGGGCAAUCGGAAGGAGCUUUAAGGCUAUCAAGUCUGUCCUCAAGGUUCCGACGCAGCCAGGAGCACAAGAACACCCUAUUGGACCGACUACUAUGCCGGAGGAACCGCUUGUGCGAUUCUGCAACCAGUUAGAUCUGCCGGAGUAUAUGCUCGCAUACUGUAAAGACGUCAUCAUUUGUGCGCGUGAACGAAAUAUUGCGUACGGUCUAUGGCCACAGUCGAUUGCCGCAGGCGCUAUCUCGUUUAUGUGCCAGUUGCUUGGGAUUGACCGGUCUGAGGAGGAGAUCGGGGUGGCCGCCGGCAUUGGUGACGAUACAAUUCGGAAGGUCCAUAAGGCAUACUUCGAGGAGAAGAACAGUCUAGUGAAGAUGGAGUGGAUAGAGAUUGGGAGGGCGAAGAUGGAACGGCUGUCAGUAUCACCAAACAGCCUGGCAAGCGGCGGACGAUGA